CCCCGCCUCCGCCCCCCCUCCGCCCGCGCCGCGCGCUGCUUCCCGCUGAGGACCGGCUUUGGCAGCAAUAAAAUUCACUCUCUCGGGAUUUCAGCACGAUGCAACGAGCAUCGCGGCUGAAGAGGGAACUUUCCCUCCUGAGCACAGAGCCCCCUCCUGGCAUCACCUGCUGGCAAAGCGGGAGCCGCCUGGACGACCUCCGGGCACAAAUUUUAGGAGCUGCAGACACACCAUAUGAGAAAGGAAUAUUCAACCUGGAGAUAGUUGUUCCUGAAAGAUACCCAUUUGAGCCCCCAAAGAUUCGCUUUCUGACCCCUAUCUAUCAUCCUAACAUUGACUCUGCUGGAAGGAUUUGCCUGGACGUUCUUAAGUUACCACCAAAGGGCGCAUGGAGGCCUUCCCUGAACAUCUCCACGCUGCUCACCUCCAUACAGCUGCUGAUGGCGGAGCCCAACCCUGACGACCCUCUCAUGGCAGACAUAUCCUCAGAGUACAAGUACAAUAAGCAACUGUUCUUGAUAAAUGCCAAGGAGUGGACUGAGAAAUAUGCAAGCCAGCAAAAGAGGGCUUCCAAGACUUUAGAAGAGAAAACAAACCAGAGUGAAACAAGUACCACCAGUGAAUCUAUCAUGCUGAAAAGAAAAGGGAGUAAUAUCACCAAGAAGGAGAAGAAAUCUCGCCUGGAGUCUUAAGUGAUUUUUGUUUCUGGUGUGGCUGUCAAUUUUGUUUUCGCUGUCUUUUUUUCUUUACACAGGUAUAGCUAAAUAUUUUAAUAUUAAUAGUAGCAGGCUUUGUUUUUCUAUUUUCUAGGUGCUUUUCUGUCAGAAGUUCUAUUUUAUAAAUAAAAUAUAAAGCUUCUAUUUACCUUUUUUUUUUUCCCUGAGGCUUACAUUUUGUUUUGGGGUUUCAGAGUAUUCUGAAGAAAAUGACAAUUGGAAGUACCAGUGCUGCUUCCGACUACCAGCUUUCUCUCAAACGAAUGCAAACAGCACUAAAGACUGUUUCUGUUUCGCUGUCCUUGCCUCAAAAUGUACAGCGACCAAAAGCUGAGCAACAGACACAUACUAGAACUAGUUUGCAGUGUUAAACUGUGGAAAUCCUUCUCUAGUGAAGGCUUCAUUUGCCUUGUAAAAUAAAGGUUACUAAAGGAUACCU